UUCCUCAGCCCCCAGUUGAUCUGUGCGAGCCCACCUUCUCCUUCUCCCAAGUUCAGGUACUGGAUACUUGACUUGCCAUUUUAUUUUUUGCUUUCGAUUUCGUCACGACCUCUUGCUCUUUCACUAGUUACACCUUCACGACCCUCUCUUACACUCCUCAAACCCCUUACGAUCACGAUCAAGAUGCGUUCCUACUCCAUCCUCGCUGUCGCCGCCUCCGUCGCUGUACCAGCUCUUGUCUCUGCCGUCCCGAUUCAUCAAGGCAGCGAUGCCCUUUCCACCGGCAGACACUUCCGCACCGGUUUGAUCUCCAACUCCCACCAGAACUGGGAGGCGAACCGCGGCAAGCGCAGUGAUGACGAGUUCUCCGAGCUUCUUGCUCGUGAGACCGCGACUGGCGAACCGCAGACUCAGCAUGUCACUCCUGAGUCUGAACCCAAGACCCACGGUCACAACGCCGGUGCGCACCCCCACGAGCACGCCGGUGCCGUCGACCACGAAGGUGCGAAGCACGGCGCCGCGCACUCUCACCUGCACGCUGGCCAGCACGCGGGCAAGCACGCCCACAGGCACGAGAAGUCCGACAAGGGCACGCAGGGACGGCGCAAGGGUCUUCACGCGCAGAAGGGCGAGUCCGCCGCGCAGAAGGGCGAGCACGCCGCACACCAUUCCGGCGUACACUCCUCUGAGCACUCCGCGUCCGCCCACGGCCACUCCGACGCCGCCGAGCACCCCGCGACGCACCACACCAAGGCCAGCACUGGCACGGGCGCGAGCGCUGAGCGCCCUCUCGAGACACAGACCGCGGCGCCGCACCAGAGGCGCGGGCGGGAGGGAGGAGGAGGUCAUGUCAGCCACGGCGGGAAUGGUGGGCAGCACGGACACGGCGCAUUUGACAGCUCGAGACAUCACCGCCGCGGGCGGGAGGGAGGCGGAGGCCAUGUGAGUCACGGCGGGAACGGCGGGUCACACCGACACGGCGCGUACGACAGCUCCAGGCACCACCGCCGCGGGCGCGAGGGCGGAGGAGGCGGAGGCCAUGUCAGCCACGGCGGGAACGGCGGGCAAUAUGGGCACUCCACCAAGCAGCACCACCGGCGGGGCAAGGUGCACAAGACGAGCAAGGCGCUCGGGCUCGCGGGCGACGCGGCGAACGCGGCAAGCAGCGUCCAUGGUGCGUGGCAGUCGUUCCACAGCCGCGAGGACUCCCCGUACGACUUCCUGUACGAGCGCGACUAUGAGCUCGACGAGCUCGAGUAAGCGCAAGCACUGCUGGACUUCCAAGACACUCCGAGUGCAUCCGUCCUCCAUCCCUCCAUUCCUGACCGUGAUGAUCUUGAUGACCUAGCUAGAGGUGUAACUAUUUGAACGACAUUGACGAAAUAGCAUAUCUCGCUGAGGGUUCACAUA